AUGUAUUUCCCGCUUUUGCUGUCAUUGUGCAUUGUUGCAUCAUUAGCGGAUCCCCCAGGAUGGAAUUUGUUGUUUGGUACCGACAUUUUGAAUGAGACUCAUAAAGAAUCAUUAACAUUUGAUAACCCUGUACCGAAAUGGAUCAAAGGGUCUCUGAUACGUAAUGGACCAGCGCGAUAUGGAAUGGGUAAACGCUCGUUUCUUAAUCUUUUUGACGGGUUUGGAAAACUGUAUUCUUGGCAGUUUCCUGGAAAUGGAUCAGUUUUCUUCUCUUCCAAAUUCCUUCAAAGCGAGUCUUACAAUGAAUCAUUAAGGAUGAACGACAUUGCACCAUACAUGUCAUUUGAUAAUCUCAAACCUCCCUUAAGUAUCAUGGAAAAAGAACUGGCACUGGCCCAUGGCAUGGACAACAUGAACAUCAAUGUCUACAACUAUUCAGGAGACUGUGUUGUUCUUACUGAUACCUGGAAGUUGUAUGUGAUUGACUGCUACACCCUGGACACCAUACGACCAAGCAAACCAACCAUUCACGGGGCAGAUACUGGCCUUCCUUUUAUAAGUCUGAUGUCUGUGGCACAUCCAGUGCGAGAAUAUGGCACAAAUCACCACAUUACUAUUUUACAGAGUCUUAGCAUUCUACCCGGAUUACCUCAUAAAUUUACUCUUGUCCGAACAAAGUCUGCUGAUACUCGGGAGAAAAUUGCGGAAUGGAAUGUCAAAAAGAUGCCUUAUUUACACUCUAUCUCAAUUACGGAACGGUACGUUAUUAUCUUUGGGUGUCCUUUUUACAUAAAUAUGGAGAAAAUGUUACAGUAUACUGUUCCCAAAGAUAGUAUUCUGUUCCAUAAAGACGAACCUACCGUUGCAUAUAUAGUCGAGAUUAAGACGGGAAAAGUGGUCACUAUUGAAACCGAAAACGUUUUUACAAUGCAUCAUGCCAACGCCUAUGAACUAGACAAUAAUAACAUUGUAUUGGACAUUGUAUCAUAUACUGACGCUUCUCUUGUCACAUUCUUUGAAAUGGAUAAUUUAAAUAACAAAACGCGACGAGAUGGUGUCCCAUUUAAACCUUCUCUAAAAAGGUACAAAAUUGACUUGAAAGCAGGAAAAAUGACAUCCGCUUCUUUCGAUGUUAAUCCUAAAAUUCCUCAUGUUAACACGUUGGAGGUCCCUACCAUAAAUGAACAUUACAGAUCAAAACAUUACUGUUACAUUUAUGGUGCUGUUUUCAAAAGUGAUUUUAAGACAUGGGGAAAUUUUUCGUUUGUCAAGAAGGAUAUUUGCAACUCUACAGGCGACUUGUCUUGGUCUGUUCCAGGCCAUUAUCCGAUGGAGGGGUGGUUUGUUCCGGAUCCAAACGGAUCAGCUGAGGACGACGGAGUGUUAAUGAUUCCAGUAGUAGACGGAAAUUUGGGCAAAAGUUAUAUUGUAAUUCUGGAUCCGAAGACAAUGAAGCCUAUCACUAAGGCUUAUUUACCUAUCAUUGUUCCUUUCCAUUUUCACGGACGAUUUAUUGAAAAUGUGUACUAAGAUGUUUU